AUGGCAAGCACCGUUAGCUGGCACAAGGUCCGACUGUCUUGGCAGCCGCCAAGUGCCGUCGCCCGGAGUGCCACAUCACUCUCUGGUAGACCAGUCUUUGAGGCUCCCGGUCUUGUGUCUGGCUUGCCUGGCGAAGGUAACAUUGUUUACUACCGUCUUCGGUUCGCCGCUCUGCCGUCCAUCACUGAAAAGGGGUCUUUCGCUGCCACCGACCCGAGGGCUGAUGCCGGCGGUGACUCGAAUAUGCCGAGGCGACGUCAGCCCGUAAGCAUGCUGAUGCCGGUCCCAGCGAGCCGGUUCACUGAGAGUCGCAUUGAGCCGAGUCACACGAGUGUCCUAAUAGCCAACUUGUCGCAGGCCACUGUUUAUCACUUUCGGCUUGCUGCGGUCACUUUAGCCGGCGUCGGUCUGGAAGCCAUUGCGGAGGCAAGGACGAAAGAGUUUGGUACGUCGAUUUGUCUCGAUAGAACCCCAAUCUCACCAUCUUCCUACGUCGAUUCUCAUGUUCUCGCUCGUUUCCUAACUUCUAUUGCCCUACAUGCAAAUCAAACUAAUUCAUACCUCAUUUUAGUCCCGGGUUCUCCCCAAAAUCUCACUGUCAUAGUCACUGGAUCUGAUCAAUUGACGGUAACUUGGCUACCACCUGGUGACCUUGAUGAGAUGCCAGUCAAGCUAACUCAGGGGAUUCACAUCGCCUACUAUGAAGUGAAGUGGAGGGCAACUGACGAUCAGGUUUGUCGCUGA